AUGGAUAACGACUUCCGGCUUUCAAUUUGCAAGAAUUGCAAUGCCAAAUGUUCCAGGGAUUUCGAUAAGAUUGUUGAGCUCAAAAAUUCUGGUCUCGAUGUUUACGUUCACGGGCGGAAUUAUUUGAAGAUAAAAGAGUCCGGAAAUGUAAAAAGAAAUGAAAACGUAUUAAUUCACAAUACAAGCGAAAGAAAUCUUAAAAAAAAUGAGUACCUUCGAGAGCUAUGUGGUUACCAAACAAAAUGUUAUCACUGUAAAUCAUUAUUGCAACGGGUACGCUCUCUUCUUAAUGAGAUCAACGAAAUAAAAGGUGACAGUGUCGUGGGAAUAUGUAAAUUCUGUCGCAAGCCUAAUCCUCAAAAUAAAUGUAAAAAAUGCGAAUAUAUUGUAAGCGAGUUUAAAAGAAACAAAGAUCAUGAAUAUGCAGAUAUAGAGACUCAAACGAAAACGUGGCUCUCUAAAUUAAAAACAUUAUUAGAAUCGAUUCUAAAAGAAAAUGUUUGUUGCAAGCAUCAAAUGUAUGAUGGUUCAGCUAUCGAACUCCAAAGAUUACUGAAACAUUUGGAUGAUCCUUCAUUUAUUCGUAAUCCGCAGCUUGGCACUUUUCUCCAUUCAGCACUACCCUUGGUUUCAAUUGAUAAUAUUUCUGAAUGCAAAGUCCUUAAAAAAGUCAUUUCGAAACUUAACACUCAGAGUUUUAUCAAACGGUAUCAGUCAGAAGACAGUCUAUAUGUUAUGCCGUCUAACACCAACAAUGCAAGAUGCGUUUGCAAAUACUUUUUGAAUAAAGAAGAGAGGACCUCUGUGGAGGCUCUGUUUAAGGACGACGAACAUUUAAGUAGUACUUGCAUUCUGGAGAAAAGUGAAUCUAAACAUAGUCUAGAUAUUAUUAACAAAUCUGCACAUAAAGAGAAUAUCGCCGAGAGAACACCAGUAAAAUCUCUUAAAAAGAAAAAAAAAUCAAAUUUAAAAUCAAAAUUGCAAAUAGAAGAAAAUCAGAAAAAAACAGGAAUGGAUUCUGAAGACAUUAUUUUGUUAAAAAUGAUGAAAAACAGAGAAAAGGUUAAGAACGUUAAAGAAAAAAUAAACAAACAACCCAAAAUGACUCAACUACCAAGUUUUGGAAAAUUACCCACUAUAAAAGUAAAAGAAAAACAAGAAUUAGUGGAUUUAUCAUCAGAAAGUUCAUUAAAAUGUGGUGAUUUUGAACCAAGCAAACCAAAGGAUAUGAUCCAAGACACUAAAAUUGUGCCGUUUUCGUUUGCUUAUGAAAAACAUAAUCCCUUCGAGCCAAUAAUAUUUAAGGCAAAUAUAGACUGUAGUGAUCCUUUUACUGAAAUAAUUCCAACAUCAAGUCCUAACGUAGAAUUGAAAAAGAACAUUGAUAAAAAUAUGAAGAUUAAAUCUGAUAGGGUUCAAAAUAGUGAUAUCUCGGCUACUUCAUUAAGUGGUAUCGUUAAGUAUCAGUUAUCGAACAAGGAAUUCAUUGAUAAAGGUUGGACAAAAUUGCCAACUACAAAAAUAAUGCGUAAGAUUAAUAUUUACAAAAUGAUGCCAGCUAGUCUUGAAGGUGAUUGGUUCGAAAGGCACAGGGAGGAAAAAAUUAUGCACUACAAUUCCGGCGAAGUUCUAGCUGAAAUAGAUGAGACCGGCCACGGUAGAUGGUUUUAUAAAAAUGGAAAUGUAGCGUUACAUCAUUACGAAGCUAAAGAGAAGUUGGCAGAUCAGAGAUAUGUCGUGUAUAGUUCUGGAGAAAGCGUUAACGGUAAUCCAGUUCGCGUAAGCAUUUUGGCAGCCUUUGACUAUUUAGGAAAUGGUGUUGUUUACGAUGAUUUUGGGAAUACCAGGUUGAAAUACAAUCAAUUUGAAGGGAUUGUGUGCGAUUCAAAAAUAGCACCGUUCACCCGAUGGAAAUGGCACGACCUGAACGAUCCUCUUGUAUUGGAGUCGGUCUUCAUUGAUACGUACGAGGGGAAUAUUAAUUCAUCAUUUCCUGAAUUCGUGAACGAAGACAAAGAUGCAACACGAGAACAAUCGAAGAAUCCAGAAAUGCUUGAGAUUGAAUUGGAAAAUCAAGUCAAAGAGAAAUCUGAUAAAUUACUCAAAAAAUUUAGGCCAUUUCAAAUUCGAAUGAAGGCUUUCAAAAUAAAUCAACAGUUUUCAUUAAGAGUGAUCGAUCAAACGAACAUUUACCUGUUGUUUAGGGUUGGAACUAUAUCACUGAAAUUGAAUCUGGGGAUGUUCUUGGUCAGUAACGAGAUUGUUGAUACGGAAUCUGUUGACGUUAGUCAAGUGGUCACUCCCUACGACAGACUCCCGCCGAAAUCGCAAAGCGUAGCUGAUAUUCAACGAGUAUUGUUUGAAGUCAGGAAAUGUCGAAAGGCCGAUGCAGCCUCUCGAGUUAAUACUGUUGGUAGAAGUACACAGACGACUAGACAACUUGAGUGA